AUGCCUGAGACAAAAACCACGAUAGUUCGACUCGUAUUGUACGUCCCGCUCGGUGUUAGCUUGUCCGGCGCGGGUGCGAGCGAGACGGAGAGUGACGAGGACGCGUCGGCGGCGACAGUAGGCGCCACGCCCCAACUACCCGGACGACGGAAUAACGCCCACCAAGAACACUUGGGCUUGCAUCGCCUGGCGUUCUUAGAACAAGCGGCCUACGACCAUCAUGCUGAGAAGCGACGGAAACGUGGCAGUCUUUUCUUCAGGAAGAAAAAGGACAAAUCCCGUAAAGCGUCUCACGCUUGGCUCGCGGCCGGCAGCGGAGGAGACUGCGACUGGUGUGGACGCGCCCUUACUGACAAACCAUCGCUUUACUGCGAAAAUUGUACCAUGACAGUGCAUCAAAACGUAUGCAAAGACUACAUUGUAGAAUGCAAUAAACCAAAAACAUCAAAGACGUCUGUCGGAAAAUCGUUAAGUGCGAACAGUGGCAAAAGCAGUAAACGGAGCUCUGUUUCUGGCCAGUCUCAAAACUCUAAUAGCACAAGCCACACGUAUAACGACGACAAAGACGGGUCAGACCACAAACACGAUCAGAGCAAUGCAUCAGAUGACGCCGGCGUGACGGAGUGGCCUGAGGUGUACCUAACACCAGAUCAACUGGGCGACGAAGCAACAGCACUGGGAUUGGGCGCUUCUGAGCCUGACACCUGGGCGGCCGGCGCACCCAAGGGGCUGGCCAAAUCAUUAGGAGAAAGGGAAACGAAACGUCAAGAACACAUUUAUGAAUUAAUACUGACUGAAAAACACCACUGUCUCACUAUUAGGCUUAUGCAAAAAAUGUUCGUAGAAGGAAUGCUCCGGUUCAGCGGCGUAUCUAGUUCGCAAGUCGCGCGAAUGUUUCCCCGGGUUGACGAGCUAUGGGCUUUACACGCGGCGUUGCUUACGAGGCUACGAGCGAGGCAGAGGGCGGCACCGGCGGUGUCGUCUGUAGCUGACAUACUAGCUGAGACGUUCGCACCGCCGGCGCAUCAGAAACUAAAGGCGGCUUAUGGCGAAUUCUGCUCGCGGCACCACGACGCGGUGGAGGUGUUUAAGGAAUGCUGCACGCGCGAGCCGCGCCUCGCUCGCUUCAUACGCAAGUGCCAGCAGAACCCCAUGCUUAGGAAGAAGGGCGUACCAGAAUGCGUGCUAUUCGUAGCGCAGCGGCUGACAAAAUACCCGCUACUGCUGGAACCGCUGCUCAAGACCGCCGGCGACGACGUCCACGAGAGGGAGUUGCUGCAGAAAGCGCUUUGCGGAGUCAAGGAAAUCCUAGUCGACGUGGACAACCAAGUGGCAGCGAAGGAGCGCGAGGAUCGUAAACUAGAGAUAUAUCACCGCAUCGACGCCAAAUCAUUCGCCAACUUCAGGGGACGCAAGUUCAAGAAGAGCGACAUACUACAGGGGAAUAGGAGUCUCAAGUUCGAAGGAGUAGCGACGUUAAUGCAAGGCCGUAGCAAGAUGCAGACGCUGCUUGUCAUAGUGUUAACUGAUGUGCUGUUCUUCCUACACGACAACAACAACAAAUAUACGUUCUUCACGCCUGACAAUAAGACCGGUGUGGUAUCGCUGGUGAAACUACUAGUGCGGGAGAAAGCUGGCGCCGAGGGCCGAGGACUCUACCUCAUAUGCAGCGGGCCGGCUGAACCAGAGAUGUUUGAACUACGAGUGCACCGGCCCAAGGAUAUUAGCGCUUGGAUCACGCACAUAAGAGCCGCCGUACAAAACUGUCCGGAAGAAGAGAAGGAACCGGACGCGCACUCGCUCGCGCCAUCAGCCGACGAGCGACAGAGACAACUGGAGGCGAGGCAGGAGAAUAUUAUGCUCAUCACAGAAACGUUAAGAGCUAAGGACAGAGAACAUGCUACACUGCUAGAAGAGAAAAUGGCGUUGCACAUGAAAAUGGUCGCCCACACAGGAAACUAUGCUCUCGACGUGCCAAAUACAGGAGUAACCACAGUAUUCCCGGGUGGUCUGGUGUUCCCGGAAUAUGUGCGUUUAGCCGCGCCCUCGCCUGACACGCAUGCGCUGUGGCAACAGGUCUGCCAGGUCGUCAAGGAUUCCCUAGACGCAACGAGCGGCAGUUGGUGCGGUGGCAGUAACCUUGGCCGUAGCACCAGCUCCGCUGGCGAAAGGCAUUCACGAGCAUAUGAGAGUCCGGCACUGCCGCGCCGUGCCGAUACAUUUGCCGGCUUUGAUGGCAACAAGCCUAGGGGGGUAUCGCUUCGAAUGUCAACAGACACACCAGGGGAGGGCGAGCCGGAAGGGCCGGACAGUGGCUCGCCGCGGCUGUUGGAACAAGUGGGGGGAGACGCGGCCCUGAAGCUACAGCAUGCCAUAUAUACGCUCACCUGCAUCGUGUGGCAGCAGUUGACCACAAUACACAGCCUAGAAGCACAAGUCUGCGCGUGGCGUUCAAGCGGCGGCAACGCAGCGCGCUCGCACGACGCGCAACUAGAAGAGCUGAGGCACGCGCAAGCCAAGCUGACAGCCGACCGCGCCUCGUGGGAGGCCUCGCGGGCCGCCGACACCAGGGCCAUCGCCGCCGGUGAGUCUCACAGGCCCGAUGCAGCUAGGUUCUGGUCUCACAGGCCCGAGGCAGCAAGGUUCUGGUCUCACAGGCCCGAGGCAGCAGGGUUCUGGUCUCACAGGCCCGAGGCAGCCCGAGGCACGCGGCGCUCCCACGACGCGCCACUAGAAGAACUGAGGCACGCGCAAGCCAAGCUGACAGCCGACCGCGCCUCGUGGGAGGCCUCGCGGGCCGCCGACACCAGGGCCAUCGCCGCCGGUGAGUCUCACAGGCCGAGGCAGCAAGGUCCUGGUCUCACAGGCCGAGGCAGCAAGGUCCUGGUCUCACAGGCCCGAGGCAGUACCGUUCUGGUCUCACAGGCCCGAGGCAGCAAGGUUCUGGUCUCACAGGCCCGAGGCACGCGGCGCUACCACGACGCGCCACUAGAAGAACUGAGGCACGCGCAAGCCAAGCUGACAGCCGACCGCGCCUCGUGGGAGGCCUCGCGGGCCGCCGACACCAGGGCCAUCGCCGCCGAGAAACGUCAACUCCAAGAGGCGAGGGAGGAAUUAGCUGAGCAACAGAAAGAUGUGGAGCAACAGAGAGAAAGACUGUACAGGCGGCUGGAGCGGUUACAACAGCACGGCGGUUCGCAAGAGGAAAUAGCAAGUGUUGGCACGUUAUCGCCAGACUCCAGUGUCAGUGACACCACGCGGCGGAAAGAGCCGAAAUGGCGAAACAACCGCGGCUCCACGGGCUCCGAAUGUUCGGCGAGCGCGUGCUCGGUGCGCGCCGCGUUACCGCCGCCGCAGCUGCUCUCCGCGCACAACGAGACGCGCGCCACUGUGCGCGCGCCCGCCAUUCAAAUGGUAAAACAACAACUGCCGCUGAAACUAGCAAGUGGGAAGAGUCAACAGCAACCACCACCGGGGUACCACCGCUUACACGAGUCACCUAGCGAGGCUACGAACCAAGGCUUAGUGAUCCACCACACUCGGACGGGCAGCUCGCCCGCGCCGCUGCCCUCGCAGCAACAGCUCAACAACAGGGCCACCAGAACAAACACCUACCCAAAACUGCCGGACAAGUUUCGCGUGCGGUCGCCAGAAGUCUGCGCGCCCCCCGCGCCCGCUGCCGAAGAAGAAGUCAUCUACUUCUGACGCGCGCCUCCGCCGGCACGCGUCCAGCGCUCCUGAGACUGCCGCCUGUCCUAACUCCGUGAGUGGACUUGGACAGUGAACUUUGUUGAUGUUAGGAUAAAGUCGCAAUUCGAAUAACAGUGGCAGUCUUAACUGUUUAUCAUUUUAGUCAUCUACUUCUAACUCCUGAGACUGCUCCCUGUCCUAACUCCGUGAGUGGACGCUUGGACAGUGAACUUUGUCAUUUUAAACUCUUAGCAGCUUGUGGACUCCUGGUACUUGUGAGGACAGUGUUACUAGACAAUCUAAACAGUGUUUUAAUAAAAUAUUAGGAUGGUGCACUGGCAGUCGACUGCUCCUCAUUUUAGUCAUCUACUUCAGACGCGCGCCUCCGCCCGCGCGCGCCCAGCGCUCUUGAGACUGCCGCCUGUCCUAACUCCGUGAGUGGACGCUUGGACAGUGAACGUUGUCAUUUUAAACUCCUAGCAGCUUGUGGACUCCUGGUACUUGUGAAAGACUAUCUAAACAGUGCGUUAAUAAAAUAUUAGCAUGGUACACUGGCAGUCGACUGCUCCUCAUUUUAGUCAUCUACUUCUGAAGCGCGCCCAGUGCUCCUGAGACUGCCGCCUGUCCUAACUCCGUGAGUGGACUUGGACAGUGAACUUUGUUGAUGUUAGGAUAAAGUCGCAAUUCGGAUAACAGUGGCAGUCUUAACUGUUUAUCAUUUUAGUCAUCUACUUCUAACUCCUGAGACUGCUCCCUGUCCUAACUCCGUGAGUGGACGCUUGGACAGUGAACGUUGUCAUUUUAAACUCCUAGCAACUUGUGGACUCCUGGUACUUGUGAAGACAGUGUUACUAGACAAUCUAAACAGUGCGUUAAUAAAAUAUUAGUAUGGUACACUGGCAGUCGACUGCUCCUCAUUUAAGUCGUCUACUUCUGACGCACGCCUCCGCCCGCGCGCGCCCAGCGCUCCUGAGACUGCCGCCUGUCCUAACUCCGUGAGUGGACGCUUGGACAGUGAACUUUGUCAUUUUAAACUCCUAGCAGCUUGUGGACUCCUGGUACUUGUGAAGACAACUGGUACUUGUGAAAGAAUAUCUAAACAGUGCGUUAACAUUAGUAUGGUAAAUUCGAGAUUCAGAUACAGCUGUCAGUGCAA